AAAAACUGUGAAUUUUACGGUAAAUAAAAAAGGAAAAGUUGACUUCAAGAACUUGAAUGUAUUCAAAAUAAAAAAUAUUGCUGAUGCUUUUCGAUUAUUGCGAUCCGGUAAUGCACAGAAAAAAGUAUCUUCCACAUUUAUGAACUYYAAGUCCAGUCGGUCACAUUGCAUUUGUAGAAUCACUUAUGCUAUAAAAAACGAUGUAUCCAAAUUGAAYACAACAAUUGUACUUAAUUUGGUUGAUUUAGCUGGUUCUGAAUGUAUUUCAAAAUCAAAUAACGACAAAAAAACGUUAACUGAGUCUCGUUACAUAAAUGUAUCACUAUUCCAUCUACAUCAAGUGAUAAAUUCCUUAGGAAAUCCCAUCCAACAAAUACACGUGCCUUACCGUAACUCUGUAAUAACGAUGUUACUAAAAGGUUCAUUGGGAUUCAAUUGUUCCACUGCAAUGAUUAUAACAGUAGUACUAAAUCAACGAAGUAUUGUGGAAUCAAUAUCUACCUGUAAGUAUGCUAGAAACGUUUCUGGCGUAAAACACAUUAUUUUGGCACCCACGAAAAUCCAACAAAGUGUGAAAUUGCCGGUAGAGAAUAAAGUCAACGAACAAGUUUGCAAGAUAUGUAAUAUACAAAUCAACGUACCCAGUAGUUAUAUCCUCAAUGUCACGCCGACCGAUGUGAAGCAACCGCAUGUUAUGGAGUCUGGCGAUGGAAUUAGACAUAACCUGCAAAUGGCCAAGGUUGACUCAAUUGAAGAUAACGUAGAACGUGCCAUUUUUGUUGACGAAUACGUACAAACUAAUAUAAGCAAAAGUAUUUCAGUGAGAAAUGACGUUGAUUCUAUUGAAAACCAAAUUACUAAGGUCAAUUUAAUCGGUGAUAACGAUGUACACACCGUUCGUGAUGAAAAAUGUAGAAGGAAUUUUGAGACUCAGACCGUUGUCCUUAGCAGUAACGUCGGCGUUAUGGCGGAUAUGCAAUGUGAUGACAUUACUAAUGAUAUUAAGGUCUUCAGAUGUGGAUGGACUUCAGUUUACAGAAAAUGUCUAUUUCUAUUGAUAAUUAUAGCAUUAAUAUUUAUGGAGAUGUGGAAACAUAACCCCACAAGAUUUUACAG